AUGUCUUACAUCGCACCUUACGUUGCCCCGCUCGGAUACGCUGACCUCGCUUACGGGGGCGCUGCCAUGGCUUCUAUGUACUCUCCAUACUCGGUCGCCAGAUACGGCUACGGCUCAUAUGCCCGACCGUGGUACAGCAGCCUGUACGGCGGCAGCAUAUACGGCGGUUACGGAGGAUAUGGGUACAGCGGGUACCGAUGGCCCAGCAUGUUUUGA